AUGUUCUCGCUGUCGCGGGCGACAUCUCGCCACUCCGAUGUCUCCGACUGGAGCGAUGAUGAGCCCGUCCAGGCUGCCGCCCCCGACCAGCCGAGGAAGACACUGGGGGACCGGCUGAAGAAUGCCUGGACCAGUCUGGGGUUGGAUCUACCCACCCUCAUACUAAUGGCCAAAGGUGCGAUUCCCUCCACAAUCGCUCUAGCAAUAUUCCAAGCGAGUCCCGUAGCCUCGCAUUUUAGCACCGUCGGCUACCUCAUGGCCAUUGUUUCCGUGCUGGGCUUUGCCAUCAUGCCCCGAGCCAAGUUUGUCCAGAUGAUGUUUCUCGACAUCUUGGCUGUCUGCAUUGCCGCCGCCGUCUGCCUGUUGAUGAUGUUCUGCUCCGUCAAGGCACGCCAGCACACCGAAACCGUCUCCAGUGCGGGCCUCAGUCCCAACGAUGCUCCCUACAACUCGUCCGCCUCCGCCGUCAGCGGCGUCUGGCUAUUCUUCCAGAUUUACGUCGCCCACGCCUGGCGCGCCAAGUACCAGCAGUUCCAGUUUCCGGUGAUCAUCUACUCCAUCUUUGUCAACGUCACCUUUACCUACGGCGCUCGGAUGACCACUAUGAGUCUUGCAAUCGGCAUGGUCAAGCGGCUGCUCGAAGCCUGUCUCGCAGGUCUGGGCCUGGCAACGGGCGUCUGCUUGUUCAUCUACCCGGUCACCUCCCGCAAGGUCGUCUUCAAGGAAAUGGCGGGGUAUAUCGGCGGAUUACGCGGGGCUCUCAGCGCUCAUUCGGCGUACUUCGAGACCCUUGAGAGAGACGACAUGUUCGGCCGCGCGGAGACCUACGACUCCCACGUCGAGAAAAUUACCAAGAAGGGUAAAGUGUACAGCCCCGAGGCCGAGGCCAUUCGGACGGCCGUGCAUAAGCUCACCGAGCUCCAUGCAAAGCUACAUGCAGAUUUGACCUUUGCCAAGCGUGAAGUCGCCUACGGAAAGCUGGGCCCCGACGAUCUGCAAGCCAUCUUCCGACAUCUUCGAAACGUCAUGAUUCCCGUGGUAGGACUCAGUUUCGUCGUGGACAUCUUCCAGCGUCUGUCAGAGUACAACAAAUGGAACCAGCCGAUCGAUCCCACCAUGACCGAUAUGCCGGAUUUGCUGCGCCAUCGCGCGGUGCAGGAGUGGAACGAUAUCAUGCGGGCCGUACACGAUCCCUUCAAGGAUAUGAUCCAGAGCGUUGACGAUGGUCUCCAGCAUGCUUCCUUCGUGCUGAAGCUGGCUAAGCCACCGAAGCAGAAAUCAGAUGCCGACGUUGAGUCGUCUGCUUCUGCACCCAAGGCUCCAGGAGAAAAGGGCUUUGCAACGGACUUUGAGAGGCGCCUGAAAGAUUUCAAGGUUGCGAAGCGGAUUGCUCUUCGCACGUGGAGUGAAGAUAAAGGUAUCGAGUUGCCAAAGGACUUUUUCGAGCGGCCUGCGUCGGCAGCCAUGAAUAUCAAGGACGUCCCUGGCGAGUCGUCCACUAUGCGGGAUCGAAGUCGGCGACAGCUUUAUCUCUUUCUCUACAUGGAACAACUGCUUAAUUCGACCGGCCAGAUGGUCCUUGAAUUUGUGCACUUUGCCGACGAAAAAGCCGAAAGUGGGAAGCUUUCCAGACAUCACCUCAUCAUCCCCGGCUGGAAGCGUCUGCGAAAAUGGUUCAAAAGCAUCCUCAAGGCGGACGACUCCCAUGAAGACGACAACCUAGGCGAUAUCAACACACAAAACAACAUCCUCCAUCUGGGAGAAGCGUACAGGUACCGCAAGGAUCCAGAGCACCUGCCCCCGGUGACUUUAUUCCAGAAGAUUGGCGAUCGUGUCAGGGUGAUCCCUACAUGGUUCCGAUCGGCCGAGUCCGCCUACGGCUUUCGAGUCGCUUGCGCCACGAUGACCAUUGCCGUCGUGUCUUUUGUGAGCGAUACGCAGACGUUCUUCAUCCGGGAGCGUUUUGUCUGGGCCAUGAUCAUGGUGAACCUCAGCAUGUCGCCGACGUCAGGACAGAGCAUCUUCGGCUUCGUGCUGCGGAUCCUGGGCACCGUGUUGGCCAUGAUCCUGAGCUUUCUCAGCUGGUACAUCCCUGGCCAGCACACCGCGGGUAUCUUCGUCUUUCUCUUCAUCUUCACUGCUUGCCUGUUCUACGUGCCGAUUAAGCUCUUCCGCUUCCGAAUCGUUGGCAUCAUUGCUAUCAUUUCCACGACCAUGAUGGUCGGGUACGAGCUGCAAGUACGCAAGGUUGGCGAGGCGGUGGCAACUUCCAAUGGACAACAGUACUACCCCAUCUAUCUUCUUGCGCCGUAUCGGCUGGCGACGGUGACGGGAGGUAUCGCGGUUGCUUUCUUUUGGACCUUCUUCCCGUAUCCUAUUUCCGAACACGGCGUGCUUCGUCAAAGCCUGGGGGCAUCCCUCUACCUCCUGGCCAACUACUACUCGAUCAUCCAUGAGACCGUCAACGCGCGCAUGCGCGGCGACGAGGGCGACCUCGCGUUGAAAACCUCCGCCGGCCGCAGACUGCUGAAGGCGCGGAACAAGGUGUUUUCGAAACAGAUGCUGAUGCUGAACAGCCUGCGGACGUACUCGGAGUUCCUAAAGUGGGAGGUCCCCAUCGGCGGCCGGUUUCCGAAAAGACAGUACGACACGAUCAUCUCGUGUAUCGAAAGCAUCGUCAGCUACCUGAGUUUGCUGGGCUACGCGUCCGAUACGCUGCUGCAGCUGGGUGAUGACGACGAGUCGAAUUCCGCCUGGCUGCACGACUUCAAGAGGCUUGUUGCUAGCGCGCGUGUUACCUCCCACGAAAUCACGUCUGUGCUGUGUCUGCUCUCGGCCAGUAUCACCAAUCGCCAGCCGCUGCCGCCGUACUUGAAGACACCGCGGCCGUACAGCUUUUCCAAGCGGCUGGAAGCGCUGGACAAAGAUAUAUUGAGUCUUCGGCAUAUUGCGGAGCCGGGCUUUGCCACGUUUGCAGUGCUGCAGAUCUCGACGCGGUGCAUUGUGGGCGACGUAGAUCGGCUUAUGAGAGAUGUGAAGACGCUGGUUGGAGAGCUCGACUUUUCCUUCCAUGCCCAUAUAACCGAGCUAUCCAGCAUAGCCGGAGUGCAACCCCGCAUCCAUAUUACAGCAUCUCUUGCAACUCACACCGUAAUAACCCACAAGAUGUCAGACAUUCCUAUCGACCCGUCGCUCCUCGCAAACGCCGCCGGCCGAACCGUCCUAAUCACCGGCGGCGCGAAUGGCAUCGGCGCCGCAACCGCAUACCUGUUCAACGCCCACGGCGCAAAGGUCGUAAUAUCCGACCUGGGAUCGACAAAACCUACUGCAGAGACUCUGAUCCAGACAUUCUCCCGCCCCGAAAAUGCAGUCUUCAUCCCAGCCAAUAUCCUGGACUGGGCGCAGAUGACCGCGCUGUUCAAAGAAGCAACUCGGCAUUUCGGAACUCUGGACAUCGUCAUUGCGAAUGCGGGGGUGAUGGAGUCGCAUGCGGUGUUGGAUCUGGACGAUGUCGACGAGGCGGGGGAUCUACGCGAGUCCGCGGAAGGUUUCAAAGUGAUUGAUAUCAACCUGAAAGGGACAUUGAACAGUACUACCCUGUCUUUCCCCUCCGUGUCAUAUUCACCACGUCUAAUGAGUGAUAUGGAAUGCACUAACACAACCAGCCCUCCGCCUCGCAAUGCACCAUAUGAAACAACGCCAAACCGGCUCCAUCGUCCUGCUCGCCUCCACAUCCGGCUACUUCGGCGGCACCGGCGUAACCGCCUACGUCGCGUCGAAGCACGGCAUCGUCGGCCUCCUCCGGGCGUCCCAGACGACAGCGCAGCAGCACGGCAUCCGCGUGAACGCCAUCGCGCCGUUCUUGACGCCCACGCGGAUCACGGCUGGGUUCGCGCAGCAGUGGCAGGACGCCGGGCUGGAGGCGAAUACGCCUGCGCGGGUGGCCGAGGCGAUUGCGCAGGCUGCGUUGGAUGUGACGCGCCGUGGGUCUUGUGUUAUGGUAGGUUUGCUUGCACUGCGGGUGGAUGA